AUGGACUGUCUUGCUCAGGCAGUCCGAAAGGAGGUUACGGAUGCUUCCCUUGAACAACUUGAUGUGAUUCAACGAGUUCUUAGGGAUUUUUGUUAUAGCUCUGGCCAUCAGGUGAGUCAAGCAAAAACGAAUAUUUGUUUCUCAAGUAAUGUGGAUCUGAAUCUUUGUAGUGAGAUAAGCGAUGGCUAUCAAUUUACCCAUGUUGAAGAUCUCGGAAGGUACCUAGGAGUUCCUCUUCUUCUUAAGCGAGUUACCCGGGGCACAUUCGCUUACAUUGUUCAAAGGGUACAUGAUCGGCUUGCGGGUCGGAAAUUAAAAACUCUAUCUCUGGCUGGUAGAGUUACUCUUGCAAAAUCAGUUUUGAUUAAUAUUCCUUCUUAUGUGAUGCAAACUAAUCGUAUUCCAAAAGCGGUGUGUGAGGAAAUUAAGAGACUCACAAGAAAUUUUAUUUCGGGAUAUACAGAUACAACAAAAGGGGUCAAUCUCGUUUGUUGGGAUCAGGUUUUGCAUUCUAAAUAUAAAUUGAAAGAUAAGCUUCCAAGUCAAUUGUAUCGAAACGACUGCUCCCGAAAUUGGAGGGGGUUGGAUGUGGUUUGGCCUGAUGUUAGACAAGGCAUUGUUUGGACUCUCGACUCUGGUAUAAAGAUUGACUUCUUGAAGGAUAAUUGGGUGGGUGACACUGCCCCGUUGAUCGAUCAUUAUGCAGCGAUUGUCGCAGUUAAGCCUCCUUCACCGUUAGGAGGGGAGGAUCAGCCUGGCUGGAAGUACUAUCCGAUUAAUGCUAACGAUUGGGAUUUAUUCUUUGGCUCGUUACUUUGGAGCAUUUGGAUUAGGCGCAAUAGAUUUAUUUUUGCACUGGAUACUAUAGUUAGAGAAAGCGUGCUUGUUAUGGCGCAUAAGCUUUGGAUGGAGGCUCAACAGUCUGCCUCAAAACAAAGUGAUUGCCGAGAGGCUUCAUCUCUCUCCUGCUGCAAGGUACAGAUUGCUCAUGUUUCACUAGAUAGGAAUAAAGCUGCAGAUGCAAUGGCAAAAAUCGCGUGA